AUGACGUCAUCAGCGCGCGCCCCUGCACUCGAGCGCUUCCAUUGCGCAUGCGCACUCUGCAACGCCUCCUGCCUGCUGUGGCUGCAACCUGCGGGGAUGGAUGGGGGCCCCGUGGGAAGACUGCCUAUCAAUAAAUAUUUAAGAGAUAUCAGUUUCACAAACAGCGGAGGGGACACACUCUCUUUUGAUAAAUAUGGAGAAAUUCCCUCUAAGUUUGACGUUCUGAAUUGGGUGCUUUCCCCCAAUGACAAUCUUCAUAGUAUUAAAGUCGGAAGUUAUGACCAGCUAAACGGUUUAACGAUUAAUGAAAGUCUUAUAAGGUGGCACCCAGCAUUCAGUCAGACCCCACGUUCAUCCUGCAGUGAAACUUGCAUUUACGGAUAUAGAAAGACAUCUAAAGCGGGAUACCCAGCCUGUUGCUAUGACUGCAUCCCCUGCCCAGAUGGUGAGAUAACCAACCAAACAGAUAUGAAAGUCUGUAUCAAAUGUCACCAAACCCAGUGGCACAAUGAGAAGAAAGAAAAGUGUGUGAAUAAAUACAUUAUCUAUUUAUCUUAUGGAGAAGCACUGGGUACAUCAAUGACUUCAAUAUCAGUCUUUUUAUUUGUUCUCACAUGUUUGGUUAUGGGAGUUUUUACUAAAUACCAGAACACCCCAAUAGUUAAAGCCAAUAACCGAAAUCUCAGCUACGUUCUCCUCUUCUCCCUCAAGAUGUGCUUCCUCUGUUCUUUAAUAUUUAUUGGCCAACCUAUUAAAUUAACCUGCAUGACUCGACAGACAGUGUUUGCCAUCACUUUCUCUAUUUCCCUUUCUUCCAUCUUGGCCAAAACCAUUACAGUAGUCAUUGUGUUUCAUGCCACCAAGCCAGGAAGCAAAUUAAACAACUACAUUGGAUCUAAAGGUUCAGUCUCUUUUAUAGGGUUCUGUUCACUUGUUCAAGUUGUUAUAUGUGCUUGUUGGUUGGGAAUUUCUCCCCCAUUCCCACAGUAUAACAUGGAAGAUGAAGUUGGGAAGAUAAUUGCUGAGUGUAAUGAAGGAUCAUUGAUUGGAUUUUACUGUGUCCUGGGAUACCUGGGGGUUCUGGCCUCUGUCAGUUUCAUCAUUGCUUUCCUUGCAAGGGACUUGCCUGAUACUUUCAAUGAAGCCAAGUUUAUCACCUUCAGCAUGUUGGUGUUCUGCAGCGUGUGGGUCUCUUUUAUUCCAGCCUACAUGAGCGCUAAGGGCAAAUAUGUUGUGGCAGCGGAAAUAUUUGCAAUCCUGGCAUCUAGCCUGGCACUACUGGGCUGUAUAUUUAUCCCUAAGUGCUAUAUUAUACUUGUAAAGCCUGAAUGUAACACAAGAGACUUUAUUAAAAAAAAGGAUAAAAAUAUUAUAAUUCAUCACCAGUAA